AUGGCUUUACAAAACAUUGGUGCAAGCAACAGCGAUGAUGCCUUUUACAGAUACAAAAUGCCAAAAAUGAUUACAAAAAUCGAAGGGCGUGGAAAUGGAAUCAAAACAAAUAUAGUCAACAUGGUUGAUGUGGCAAAAGCUUUGGCUCGUCCACCUUCUUAUACCACUAAAUAUUUCGGGUGUGAACUCGGUGCACAAUCAAAAUUCGAUGAAAAGACGGGUGUGUCCCUGGUGAACGGGGCCCACGACACUUCAAAACUCGCGGGUCUUCUCGAAAAUUUCAUAAAAAAAUACGUUCAGUGUUACGGAUGCGGGAAUCCCGAAACUGAAAUCUUGAUUACAAAAACUCAAAUGGUGCAGUUGAAAUGUGCUGCUUGUGGGUUUGUGUCUGAUGUGGACAUGAGGGAUAAGCUGACGUCAUUUAUUUUGAAAAAUCCACCAGAAGUGAAAAAGGGUGGGAAAGAUAAGAAGGCCAUGAGAAGGGCAGAAAAGGAAAGAUUAAAAGAAGGUGAAGCUGCUGAUAAAGUACAAAAGAAGUUGACUAAAGAUGUUAAGAAGAAAGAUGUGAAGCCGACAAAAAAGAAAGGAAAUGCAUCUGACGAGGAUCAUGUCUCGCCAACUGUCAGCCAGGCUGGCGACAAAGAUGAUUCGGAAGAUGACGGGGACGUCCAAUGGCAGACCGACACGUCAGCGGAGGCCGCCAGACAACGGAUUCAAGAACAGCUCAGUUCUGUUACCGCUGACAUGGUGAUGUUAGCAACCGAGGAGCCGAAAAAAGUCAAAGCGGUCAAUGGGAAUGGGAAUGGGAAUAAUAAGAAGCUUGCUGACGUGGCGAAGGAGAAUAUUAAAAAGGGUGUUUCACCGAAGGAGUUGAUGGGGAUUCUGUCGGGGUCGAAACAAGAGAAUGCGAGUGCUAUUUAUGAAGCGGUGGUUGAUGGUGUGGAAAAAGGGUUUGCAAAACAUGUGUUGAAAAAGAAGAGUUAUUUGGCGGCUGUGGUUGGUGAAGGGGCGGAAUCGCAGAUUCUGGUGUUGAGGGCGAUCGAGGAGUUUUGUCGGAAUGGGAAUGGGAAUGCGGUUAAGGAGGUUCCGCUUGUGUUGAAGGCGUUGUAUGAUGUUGAUAUUUUGGAAGAGGAGUAUGUGGUGAAGUGGUAUGAGGAGGGGUUGAGUGGCGGGAAUAAGGAGUCGUUGAUUUGGAAGAAUGUGAAGCCGUUUGUGGAGUGGCUUCAGAGUGCGGAAUCGGAAUCGGAAGAAGAAUAG